UAGCCGUGCACAAGGCGGUGUGUGCCGGCCCGCCGCCGGACAAAGGCGGAACGCUGUUUUGACCGUAGGGCUGACCACUGUGUUGUAAGGGCGGCGGCGGCAGCAGGUUGGGUGGCUGUGCAGCGCGGCGCGGCGCGGGGCUGCCAGGAGCUGCCACCACAACUGAGACUUGUUUCUUUCUUUAUAGGCCACAGGGUCGGAGCUCAUGCCUGACCGCUCAUCUCCGCUCCUUCCUCCUCCUCCCUCUGCUCACACUCACCUCCAACACCUCCAGCGGGCAGCGUCCCCUCCGAGCCGUCGUCGAGGAAGGGUCGCGUUUGGCAGCGUCCGCCGCUGGUCGCAGCGUGCUUGGGGGCACCGCGGGGGGCUUGGUGGGGGAGCGAGGCCGUUUUGACCUCGCGAUGGACAUACGCGUGUCCCGAGCCUCCCACGCCUGCCAGCCAGCGAACCUCUCUGACCACCUGCGGCUGACGGGCGCCUGGGUCGGGGACGCGAUGAACGGCGCCCCGCCGGCUCUUGACCUUGGCGGGCCGCACGUCAAGGGUAGGAAUCGGGUCUGUGAUCACUGCGGCAAAGUGUUCCAGUUUUCCAACGACUUACGGAAGCACGUUAGGACCCACACUGGAGAGAAGCCGUACAGGUGCCCCUACUGUAGCUACAGAGCCACGCAGAAGGUUCACUUGCGCGGCCACAUCUUACGGCGGCACAGAGCCACUCUAGAGCCGGCCCAGGACGGAUAGAGCCGCCCUCCUCACGCCACACCGGCCGCUGCUCCAGCCGUGCUGCAGCAGCGGUCGGCUGGCGCUUGCUGGAGGGAGGGAGAGGAGACAGACAGAGACCGGGAGCAUUGAGAGGCUGUUUUCUGUUUCUCCUUUAUAGGGUGUGCCUGCAGCCCCCAUGGCAGGCGUAGCAAUGGAUGGUGGCCGCGCCCCACCGGCAGACACAACUUUUCUCCGCUACAAGGUGCAAGACCAUCUGGGCCGGACUCUUUAUGGGUGUCGAGUGUGCGCUAAAACCUUCUUCUACGCUGGGGAUUGGCGGAAACACGUGCGAACUCACACGGGAGAGAAGCCUUACCAGUGCCCCCUGUGUCUGUACAGGGCCGCUCAGAGAACCAAUUUAAAGCGGCACAUCCUCAGAAAGCACCAGACACGCUCCAUGCACGCGCAGGCUCUGUGAUCAUUCGAACGUAAUGUGUCGGACCCUGCGGAGUUUCCUCAGCCUCCACUGCUAGCCGGCCGCUCGAGUGGGUAAAAAAAGGGUGAAGUUAUAAAAACGAGGCAUGAAAAACGGGAGUAAAGUCCUGGAGAAGAGAACUGUCUGGAACUGGGGAUGGGUGGGAGGAGGAGGAGGCCAAGGAGUGUGGGUUGUAGUGGUGUGUGAUGUGGUGAGGAGAGAAGGGGAGGGAGGGAAAGGUCUUUGGUGCUAAGUCAUUACUGUUAAGUCUUUGUAAGUCACUUGCUAUGAGACAAACACUACAAAUCGGCAAUCAAAGCUAUAACUAUAUAUAUGUGUGUGUGCGUGUGCGUGUGCGUGUGUGUGUACCAUAAAGACUGACAGACAUAUCUUGCUUCUUUGUUGUAGAGCUGGUCCAAAGGGCUUGACGUGGCCUCGCUAUCGGUAGGGCAGCAUGAUGGUGAUGGUGGUGGUAUUGGUAUUGGUGGUGGUGCAGGAGGGGCUGUCACACACGUAGGGCAGCUGCAGCACGCCCUCGGUGGCCACUUUCCGCACGUGAACGCUUGGCCGGCACGUAGGGAAGUCGGCAGAAACACGUGCGAGUUCUGUAGCAAGAGGUUCAGUAGCAGGAGUGACCUAACCAAGCACCGACGGACACACACGGGCGAGAAGCCAUACAAGUGUCCCCAGUGCUGCUACCGAGCCACGCAGUCUGCCCACGUGCGACGCCAUGCACGCUUCCUUCACGGUUAUGAAGCCUACGAGUACAGUCCUUAGUCUUGGCCUCUUACUCUUUGUCUCUCAGCCUCCCUGUGGUGCUCCUUCUACUCCUUCAGGUAUCCUUGUAAUAGACCAUUUCUCUCGAAGUCUGUUCUGUGUUCCUUCUCUCCUUGUCGCUCUAUCUUCUCUUACCCAUUCUCUGCGUCUCUACAGCCAGCCAUGUACAGAUCAAUUAAGAGAGCGAUGCAAAAUGACCUCUCAGUGUUCUAGUCCACUUCUCUCCGUUUUCUUUCAUCUUUGCUGUUUGUUUUUCUUCCCAUCCUUCUGCAGUCUGUGUCACAAGUUACUGGCCACUCGCGUGAGUGUUCUCUUUCUCUCUUUCCCUCCCUCCUUCCCUUCCCCGAGUGCGUGGUUACCUUGGGGCUCACGUCCAGGUGUGUCUCGACGCAUCAUCAUACCUGUAUAUUUUUGUACAUGUGCCAAUAAUAAAUAUCUGAAUGUAUUUA